AUGAAUCUCCUCCCUCCAUCUCAGUUGCAGGUAUUCCUCCCCGGUGAACUUAUUGUCGAAGUGCUUUCCUUCCUUCCUGUCAAAUCUCUCAUGCGGCUGAAGUGUGUGAGCAAGUCAUGGAAGUACCUCAUAUCUGAACCCUCCUUCGCCAAACUGCACCUUAACAGAACUACACAAGAUGCAGUCCGCACAAUUGUAUCAUACCAUAUGCAUUCCAGGGACGUGUCCUUCACAGUUUUCCGUUUGCUCGAGAACCCUCCAAUCAUUAUCAAUCUUCCAAAAAAUCCUUACCAUCAACUGAAUGACAAGGAUUGCCACUACAUCGUUGGUUCCUGCAAUGGAUUGCUUUGCUUAUUUGGCGGAACUGGCUAUAGAGAGGACAAUGGGGGGUAUAGAGAGAAUUGGCUUCGUUUUUGGAACCCAGCCACAAGGAUAAUAUCAGAAAAAUUUCAUGGUGAUGAUGGCCUAGGUUUCCCUUGUAAUUACACGUUUGGUUAUGAUAAUUCAACAGAAACUUAUAAGGUGGUGUAUUUCACUCGAAAGACAACAAAUGUAAGAGUUUUUAGUUUGGGCGUUAAUGUUUGGAGAAAUAUCCAAGAUUCCCCUAUGAUUCAUCAUCAUUGGCAGAUGAAGGUUGUGCAUGUGAAAGAUAGUGUUAAUUGGUUGGCAAUUCACAAUUACAUUAGUGAUGAUUAUAAUUGCGAGGGUAUUACUAUUGGGCAAUUUGUGAUUAUUUCACUUGAUUUGGGCACUGAGGCAUAUACUAAAUUGUUUCCUCCUCAUGGUUUCAGUGAAGAUUAUGAUGAAAGGUUUGUAUUCUCGGCGGUACGGUUAAUGGAUGUUGCUGCACAAUUCAGCGUUUGCCAAGACAGAAAGCUCUAA